AGUGGGUCAGAGGUGAGACAGUGGCAGUGCAUAUGUAAAUACCCAUUUUCUCUAAAUAUUAAAAUACCUAUAAAACAUUAAUUCAUAAAUAAAAUGCCAGUGUUCGUCGAUCAUAAAAGAAAUUCAGAAAGUUUAAUUAAUUGCAAUUUAUUUGAAUGUUACAUAUUUUAAUAUUUCGAGGAAAUAUUUCUACACCUAUGUAGGUAAUCUAGAACAAAGUUCAUAAUACGCAUCUUUUUUUCAUUUAGUUCAAGUUCAAAUACUUCAAUAGUGAACAAUCUUGACCACUUCGUUUUAUACUUAAGGAUUUAUUUACAUAUUUAAUGAAUUAAUUAUUUUGUUCUGAUAACGAUAAGCAGCUGGUUCGCAUAAUGAGGAUAAAUAGUGCUAAAAAACAUACAGUACUGUGAAUUUGGUAUUGUAUUUAUACAAUUUGGAAAUGCAAAAGAUGGCAUCAUAUACAUUAAAUUUCAUCAUUUACUAGACAUGGCAUUAAAAAGAUUAAAAGUAAUAGAAUUGGCUGGAUUAGCUCCUGCACCUUUUUGUGGAAUGGUACUGGCAGAUUUUGGUGCAAAUGUAAUUCGGGUUGAUAAGAUUGAUAACAAUACUGACUUGGACUGCUUGGGCAAUGGAAAAAAGUCCAUAUCUCUGAAUCUGAAACAUCCAAAAGGAGUCGAUAUAUUAAAAAAAUUAUGCAAAACUUCAGAUGUACUGAUAGAGCCGUUUAGGGCAGGAGUAAUGGAAAAAUUGGGCCUAGGUCCGAAGAUAUUGUUAGAAGACAACCCUAGACUAAUUUAUGCACGGCUAACGGGAUAUGGACAAAGCGGCUCUUUCAGCAAGAGAGCUGGACAUGAUAUUAACUACAUAGCACUUUCAGGGUUAUUGUCAUUGAUUGGAAGACGAGAUGAAAAUCCAAUUGCUCCUGUAAAUUUAGUAGCUGAUUUUGGUGGUGGUGGACUGAUGUGUGCAUUAGGGAUCUUAAUAGCACUUUUUGAAAGGAGCACUUCUGGUUUGGGACAAGUUGUGGAUAAUAGUAUGACACAUGGUUCUGCUUACUUGGGUAAUUGGUUGAUUCGAUCCCAGAAAUUGCCAAUCUGGGGACAAGAACGAGGAAAGAACGUUUUAGAUACUGGAGCUCAUUUUUAUGAAGUCUACAAAACGAAAGAUGGAAAGUUUAUGUCAGUCGGAGCUUUGGAGCCCCAAUUCUAUAGUCAACUGCUUAAAGGCCUAGGACUGAGUGAAGAUCUCCCGCAGUUUUGUGACAGUAAGGCGUCUGAUAAGUUAAAACUCCUUUUUGCUGCAAAAUUCUCUGAAAAGACACAGGAAGAGUGGUGUAACAUAUUUAAUUCCAUUGAUGCUUGCGUCGCUCCGGUAUUAAGCUUAGAAGAAGCAGCCAGGCAUAAACAUAAUGUAGAACAAGAAACAUUUGUGAAAACUAGUGAUGGUUUUGUAUCGAGUCCUGCACCAAAAUUAAGCAGGACUCCUGGUAUAUCAAGUUCUACUAAUGAAACUCCUAAGUGUGGUCAACACACUAAGGAGAUUUUAGCAAGUUUAGGGUUUAACAAUGAAAGUAUAAAUGAACUUGAAAAAGAGGGUAUUAUUAAGUGUUUUAAGAUUUCAAGAUUGUAAUAAUAGGGAUUUUUAUAUAUUUUGAUAAUUAUAUAUACAAAAGUUAGAUAUAAUAUGGUAUUACUUUAUACGACACAUUUAUCAAUUUUUCAAAAAA